CCGGUUUUCCCGGGGUUUGUGGGGAGCCCGGGUGACGUCAGGAGAGGGGAGCGGUGGUAUAAAUAGAGGCGGCCGCGCCAGCCGCUUCAUUCAUAAGAUUCUGAGCGGAGCCGGCCGGCGACGAGGGAUUCAGUCCAUCCACCGGAGACUCGGGGCCGGGGGACUCGGCGGCGGAGGCGCUUGGGGCCGGCCCGAACGGCGCCCGGGCCUCGCUCGUGGGGGGCUGCGGAGGAGCGGACCCGACCCCCGUCUGGAGGCCGGGGGAAAGCCGGUCCUCAGCGGGGGGCACCGACGCCUGGCGCCCCGGCAUCGCGGCCGGCCGGAGGGGGGAGGGGCUCUCUCGGCCUCGGACUCCGCCGCCCGGACCUCCGGGGGAGGCGGCGACGCCGGACUCCUCCUCCGGCAGGACAGGACCCCCGCCGCCCCCUCCCAGGAGCUACGGGGCGGCCCGGGGAGCCUUCGGGACUUCGGCCCGCCGGGCAUCGCCGGCCCGGACCCCGCGCCCGGACCCCGGGGGCGGCCCUCGUCCUUGCGGGACCUCGGUCGGGGAGCCCGGCCCGCCACCCCGUCUCGUGCCCCGGAGUCGCCGAGCUCUCACAACCUUGGCUUCCAGACGGCCCCAGCGCGGCCACAGGCUCCCCCCUGGGCCCAGGGAGAUGUUUCAGGCGUUCCCCGGAGACUACGACUCCGCCUCCCGGUGCAGCUCGUCGCCCUCGGCCGAGUCCCAGUACCUGUCCUCGGUGGAUUCCUUCGGGAGCCCCACCCCCACCGCCCCCUCCCAGGAGUGCACCGGCCUCGGGGAGAUGCCCGGCUCCUUCGUGCCCACCGUCACAGCCAUCACCACGAGCCAGGACUUGCAGUGGCUCGUGCAGCCCACCCUCAUCUCCUCCAUGGCCCAGUCCCAGCCGCCCCAGCCUCCGCAGCCGCCCCUGCCUCCGCUGCCGCCCGCCGUCGACCCCUACGACCUGCCGGGGACCAGCUACUCCGGCCCCGGGGUCAGCGGCUACGGCGCGGGCCCUGCCCCGGCGGGCCCGGUGCCCGGACGCCCCGCGCGGGCCCGGCCCAGGAGGCCCCGGGAGGAGACGCUCACACCUGAAGAGGAAGAGAAGCGUCGCCUUCGGCGUGAGCGGAACAAGCUUGCGGCUGCCAAGUGUCGCAACCGGCGGAGGGAGCUGACGGACCGACUGCAGGCGGAGACGGACCAGCUGGAGGAGGAGAAGACGGAGCUGGAGUCGGAGAUCGCCGAGCUGCGGAAGGAGAAGGAGCGGCUGGAGUUUGUGCUGGCGGCCCACAAGCCCGGCUGUAAGAUCCCAUUCGCGGAGGGGCCCGGCGGUGCCCCCAGUGAGAGGUCUCCACGUGCGGGAACGCUGAGAGGAACAGCAACAGCGAGGCACCCUCAGACUCCCUCACCUCCCCCUCCCUCCUGGCCUUGUGAGCCUCAGCGGGGGGAGGGGGAGCCCCCGCCCCAUCCUGCCCGCCGCCCCACUCCCACGUGUCCUACCCUGGCUUUGUUCCACGGAGCAGAGGGGUGGCCCCCCGCGACCACGCCUGUUUCUGGGGCAGCUGGGAGCGCAUCGCCGGGACCCCCCGAGGAGCAGGAGGAGGGCGGGGGUGGGUCGGCCUGGCUCUGAGCGCAACAAGGAAAGAUCCCGGAGUCCGGCGGUAACCGGCCCUUUCCCCGCCACCUCCUUCGCCCCCCCGGCCCCCGCCAAGGGGGGGGGGGGGGGUCCGUGUGCCCCGCCCGGCAGAGUUAAUUUAUUUGUCUAAAUCUCCCCCUGCCCCUUCCUGCCUCGGUGCUCCUGGCCCAGGAACCGGGGCAAGGAUAUGCCCUUCCCUCGUGGGGGGUGGGCGUCUGGCCCCCCCCCACCAGCCCUCCUAGAUUCCCCCUCCAGGCUGAGGGGGUAGCCGCCCCUCUCCCCUUCCCGGAAUGUGAAUGCUAACUCCGUGCUCCAGCGUCCAUCCGGAGGGUCCGCUUCCCCGCUUACGAGCCUCCCAGUUGACCCUUCGGUCCUGGUCUUCCCCCGGCUGGAGUUCUGCCAGCGGCUCCCCCCCGGCCCCCACCCCAACGUUUCUGGGCUUGUUGCAGUAUUAACCCCUAGCCCCCCGAUCACCCUCUUGCAUCCGGCUCCUCUCUUCCUUGUUGGGCUUUCUGUAUUUUAUGAGGGCAGGGGGGACGCUGUUUCUCCUCCCCUCUCCAAGGUGUUUAUAUAUACUGUGAAAUGAGCUGUUGGCAUCUGACGGGUGGGUGGUGGUGGGGGUCCUUCUCAGUAGCAGCUGCCUGUCUCCCACUCCCUGACUGAGAGGUCUCAUCUCCUCCCCCUUCUGGCCCCACCCCCGGUGCUCCAAAAGUGAGACUUGUUCUGGGGUGAAUGUGGGCCAGGCUGGACAUGGACCAGCUCCCUGCAGGACCAGCCCUGUCUCGGGGGCUCUGGCUGGGUCUUAUGGCCCUGGCUGGGGGCGGGAGGGGUCCCGGGCUGGGUCUUUCGGCCCUGACUGGUGGGGGGGCCGGGGGGAGGGGUGAUUCCUGGCCGGGUCUAUCCGGGCUCUGACUUGGGGGUCUUGGGCCCAGUCUGUCCGGUCCUGUCCCUGGCGGUCCCUGGCUGGAUCUGCGUAACCCUUACCCCGGGGGGGCCCCGGCCAGUGCCGUAUUUAUUGAGGGGAGGGGGCGGCACUUCCCUCUCUCCUCGAACCCUGGGUUCUCAAUUCUCCCCCCCUUCACAUUCCAGCUCCCAAGGGAGCCCGCGAGCAGACCCGGCCGCACGCCCCCUUCGCCACUCACCCUUGUUCCCCCUCUCCCCCCGCAACCCCCGGGCACUGCCCGGGGAGAAGCUCAGACGAGCUUCAGGGUGGGUCGGUCUGGAGAGCCUCCACCCCCCCCCCCCACCUCCAGCCUCCCCCUCUCAGUCUGGGAGAUCUCAGAGUGCAGAGCGAGUGGGGGGCGGUGGGUGAGGCUGGGGUCUCCCCCUUGGGAUCCCCUGCCGAGGGAUGGCAAGGAGUCUCGGGCCGGGUGGUGGUGGGGUCUCGGGGGGGCCGGGGGUCACAGGAGCCGUUCCAGCUGCGGAAACAUUUUGCCGCAGGGAUUUGAAAUAAGGCAAAUUUCUAUUUUUUAAUAUGAGGUGAGGUCCCCCCCCCCGCCCCCCCUCGCUCCCACCACUCCGCUGCACGGACCACGAACCCCCUCCCCGCUCCCGGCUAUUUAACCCUUUCCUGGUUUCCAGAAGGCACCAUCUUAUUAUAUAGAGAGAGAUAUAUUAUAUAUAUUAUAUAUAAAAUGUGUGUGUGCGUAUGCGUGUGUGUGUGUGUGUGUGUGCGCGCGCGCCCACGGGCAUGUCCAGGGAGCCAUCUGCCCCCAUGCCCCCCAUCCCUGUGGUUGAAUCAGAGUCAUUGCUAUGUCUCCCCACGCCCCUCACCUGAUGCUGUUGGGGUGUUUAUCUGUGACUGACCAUAAAGAACUGUUUGUUUUUCUAUUUUCCUAAGUUUGUUUGACCAUGAGGGCAGGGUGUCCCGUGCCCCCGCCCCUUUCGCCGCCCCCUUCCCCCCCCCCCCCAACGCUGUGUUUGUGACUUUUGUAACUUUGCACCUGGCAAGGGGAUGUGGCCCCUUCCACCUGGUCUGCACCAGCUCAGUGCUCAACUAUCCAAUAAAGAGGCUUUUCAACAAA